UAAAAAAUAUGAAGAGUCAAAGCAAGUUGGACAGCAAUGGUUAGAUACAAAAUGAUACAUAGAAUGUAACAAUGUAAAUAAAGUGAAAAAAGUUUACCUAGAGUCGUUACACAUGUUUAGGUACAUAGGAAAAAAGAGAGGCAUUAGAUUGAGCAAAUCACAAAAAUCUGAAAAAUCUCCUUUGGUAGAUUCAAGAUCUAAGAGUACAUACGCUCAAACUGCACUUUUUGGGUAAAUCUUUCUUCAUACUUUCUCUCAGUCAAACCUCCAAGAAUGUCAUAUACUUGUGUUGACUCAUAACCCCAAGAGAUUUUUCUUACAUAAUAUUUCAUAAAAAUUACAGCUUGGGGUUUGGUAUUUUAGCUAUCUGAUCUGAAAAAAAUUGAAUCUUGGCAACUUUUGGACCUUUUUGAAGUACCCUUUUUGAUUUAAAUUGAAUUUGAGCUUAGAUUAUGUAAUGGAAGAAAAGGCAGCAGCUUUGCAUACAGCUAUAAAUGCUGUGCAAGCAUUAGGAAGGGGUUUUGAUGUGAAUUAUGAUACAAGACUGUUAUAUUGUAAGGGGGUGGGUGGGUCUAAGGUUGUAGAGAUUGAUGAAGAGCAUACAAGGGAUGUUUGUUUAUAUGAUGAUGUUGUCUUGCCUAAUGUUUCGAGGGAUAUUAAGAAUUUUCAGGAGUCCGGUGGUCGUGAUGGCUCUAGUGUUUGCAAUUAUAAUGAGAUGGUGGAAUAUUUUAAUAGAAAGGCUAAUAUUUCAGGCCAAGCCCCUCUUGGUAGCUUUAAUGUAGCAUUCAGUUUCACUGGUGCAAAGCAUUUAGAUGCUACUACUACAAAGACACUUUGUAUGGAUGGAUAUUUCAUACCACUUGCUAGGCUUCAACUCAUGAACUCACAACUAGUAUUACAGGAAAGUGUUAGAAGAGCUGUCCCAGCAUCAUGGGACCCACCUGCAUUAGCAAGCUUCAUUGAAAAUUUUGGGACUCACAUAAUUACAUCUGUAACUAUCGGUGGUAAAGAUGUAAUUUAUGUUAAACAGCACCUUUCAUCACCUCUGUCGACAAUGGAAAUAAAAAAUUAUGUUCAUGAUAUUGGAAAUCAGAGGUUCUCCAGCACAGACAGCCUUACAAGUUCAGGUUUAUUGAAAUACAAGGAUAAGUCCAGUGAUCCGUCGAUAUUCAAUAGCCAAGGGAUAUAUCCCCAGCCCACUAAUGCUCCAUAUAUUGCUGGAAAUGGGAAAGAGGAUGUCACGGUCAUUUUUAGAAGAAGGGGAGGGGAUGAUCUGGAACAAAGCCACACACAAUGGGCAAAAACUGUCAGAUCAUCUCCAGAUGUCAUUGAGAUGUCAUUCUUCCCUAUAACUCUCCUGCUUGAAGGAAUCAAAGGGAAAGAGCAUUUGGAACGUGCUAUAAGUCUUUAUCUUGAAUACAAGCCUCAAAUUGAAGAGCUGAGAUAUUUCCUAGAGUUUCAGGUCCCAAGGGUAUGGGCCCCUGUACAGACCAGAUUUCCAGGCCAACAAAGAAAGGAACCUGUUUGCCCGCAUCUGCAGUUCAGCAUGAUGGGCCAAAAGCUCUAUGUUAGCCAAGAACAAGUGUCAGUGGGGCGUAAGCCUGUGACUGGCAUGCGGCUAACUCUUGAAGGCUCCAAGUCAAAUCGAUUAUGCAUCUAUCUUCAACAUCUGACUUCCCUUCCUAAGAUCCUUCUUCCAUGUUGGGACACUCAUGUAGCCAUUGGCGCUCCAAAGUGGCAGGGCCCUGAAGAGCAAGAUAGUAGGUGGUUUGAGCCAGUGAAAUGGAAGAACUUUUCUCAUGUGAGUACUGCACCAAUUGAGUGUCCUGAAACUUUUAUAGGUGAUGAUCACUCUGGCGUGUACAUAGUCACGGGUGCACAGCUUGGGGUGUGGGACUUUGGGUCAAGAAAUGUGUUGUAUAUGAAGCUUCUGUAUUCUAGACUACCAGGAUGCACUAUACGGAGAUCACUGUGGGACCACACCCCGAAUGAUAAGCCGAACAAGCAGGUCAAUUCUGGGAAUAACAAUGGUGAUGCAAGUACUGUUACAGGGGAGAAUACUAUAGGCAAUAAGUUGGCAAAGUUUGUUGACAUGACCGAGAUGAGUGAGGGGCCUCAAGAUCCUCCUGGUCACUGGUUAGUGACAGGUGGAAAACUUGGUGUUGAAAAAGGGAGAAUUGUUUUGAGAUUGAAGUAUUCCUUGUUAAAUUAUUAGUUGAUACUGGUUAAAACAUGCUGCAUAACAAGUGAUGGUCCUUUGGUGUAUAUGGUGUUUUUUUUUUUUUUUUUGGAUGUUUACCAUCUCUGUUUGAUGGUAAGAGUUCUUUUCGGAGAAGGAUGUAUACUAGGUAGUUAUGAUGUGUAAAUUUCUUCAAAUUUUGAAACAAUUAUCUGUUUUCAUUCUAUAAGAGAAUAUGUAGGAAGUGCCACUUCCAGCUAA